AUGGUGGUUGUACCUGAAUGUUCUCCAGAAUUGAAGUCCAUUGUUGGUCAGAAGUUCCUAUCAUUAGAUUUUGCUUUUACGUUUUACGAUGUAUAUGCCCGCGCUAUUGGUUUUGAUAUGCGCAAACAAGGAAUGAGGAAGACGAACGAUGUUACAACUUGGUAUUAUGUUGUAUGCAAUAGAGAAUGCAAGAAGAAGUCGAACGAGGAUGACCAAUUGAAUGCACGUUCUGGUUAUAUUAUUCAGGAGUUCAACGAGGUUCCUAACCACUAUAUGGUUGAGUCAGAGCAUCAACAUUUUAUAGCACUUAAUCGAAAGUUGGAUGGUGUACAUCACAAAUUCAUUCUUGACUGUUCCAAGGCUAAUAUAGGCCCCACACUUACCUUUAAGGUGUUGAAGGAAAUUCUCGGUGGGUUUGAACUUAUCGGUUGCACUGUAGGGGAUAUCAGGAACGCUUCUCGAGACAUCAAAGCAUACGCACAUGGGUUCGACGUGCAAAUGAUGUUGGAUGAUAUGGCUAAGAAGAAGGAAAUGUCUGAGGCAUUCAUAUAUCACUACGAAGUUAAUGCUACUAACCAGUUGGUUGCUUUCUUUUGGUGUGACGGUUUGAUGAAGAGGAAUUACCAUAUAUUUGGUGAUAUUGUGGCGUUUGACUCCACGUACAACACAAACAGGUAUUGUAUGAUCUUCACACCUUUCACGGGAAAGGACAAUCAUGGAAGACAUGUUACCUUCACCGCCGGAUUGGUGUGCAACGAGAAAACAUGGGCAUUUGCUUGGUUGUUCAAACAUUUCGUUGAAUGCAUGGGUGUAGCACCCAAAAUGAUCAUAAUAGAUCAAGACUUGGGCAUGGGAUCAGCUAUUGAAGAGGUUCCAAACAGGUUGCUGAGGAUCGAAGAUUCCAAGAAGGAAUUCAAUGCCUGUGUUUGGUCGGAUCUGCUUGAACCCGACGAAUUCGAAGAGGAGUGGAAUGGAGUGGUGGAACGUCAUGGGCUGGAAGACGUUGACUGGUUCAACACAUUGUACGACUAUAGGCAAUUCUGGAUACUGGCGUACUUCAGAGAUUUUCAACAGGGUUCGAUGAUUAGGACUACGUCCAUAUCCGAAUCAGAUAAAUAG